UUUUCUUAGGGAGUAGGACUUGAAGUAUACAUUCUGGAGCUCUCAAGUUUCAAAUCCGCACUCCGCAGAAGAAGAUUUGUGAUGGAGGAAUUAGAGGAAGUGUUGAGUGAUAAAGGGCUCACCGUCUCUUCUGUGCCGGAAAAGGGUCGCUGCCUUUUCACCACUCGGGAUUUCUUUCCAGGGGAAGUGAUUAUAUCAGAAGACCCAUAUGUUUCAGUUCCCAAUAAAUCAGCGAAAUGUGAAUGGUGUUUCACUUCAAAUAACCUUAAGAGAUGUUCUGCAUGCCAAGUAGUUUGCUACUGUGGCAACACAUGCCAGAAGUCGGAUUGGAAGUUGCAUAGGGUUGAAUGCCAGGCCUUGUCAAAGGUUGACAAGGAGAGGGUAAAAUCGAUUACGCCAAGUAUAAGAUUGAUGGUUAAGCUUUAUCUGCGGAGGAAACUGCAAGAUGAGAAGGUCAAGGUUAUUCCAAUUACAGUCAUGGACAAUUACAAUCUGGUGGAAUCCUUGGUUUCUCAUAUGACUGAUAUUGAUGAGAAGCAACUAGUUUUGUAUGCUCAGAUGGCAAACCUUGUCAGUCUGAUUCUUCAAUGGCCCGAGAUCAAUGUAAAGGAGAUUGCAGAAAACUUUUCUAAGUUUUCAUGUAAUGCACAUACAAUUUGUGAUGCUGAACUGAAACCCCUGGGGACAGGCCUUUAUCCGGUGGUUUCUAUAAUCAACCACAGUUGUUUGCCGAAUUCGGUUCUAAUAUUUGAGGGAAGAAUGGCUGUUGUCCGAGCUGUGCAGCAUAUACCCAAAGGUACUGAGGUAUCAAUAAGUUAUAUAGAAAUGGCUGGAACCACUGCAACUCGUCAAAAGGCUCUUAAAGAACAGUACCUUUUCUCCUGCACUUGCAUUCGCUGCAUCAAGUUGGGCCAAAAUGAUGAUAUCCAAGAAAGUGCAGUUCUGGAGGGUUAUAAAUGCAAGGACAAGAAAUGCAGUGGUUUCCUGCUUCGUGACUCUGGUAAUAAAGGAUUCACAUGCCAAUUAUGUGGACUCGUUAGGGACAAGGAAGAAAUAAAGAAUACUGUUCAUGAAAUCCAAUCACUGUCAGAAAAGGCUUCUUUUUCACUUUUAUGUGGACAUAACAAAGAUGCUCGUGUAAUGUAUAAGAUGAUUGAGAAACUUCAAGUGAAGCUGUACCAUCCAUUGUCGAUCAAUCUGAUGCGCACACGGGAGAAUCUCUUAAAGAUAUUGAUGGAGCUGCAAGAUUGGAAGGAGGCACUAAAGUAUUGCAGAUUAACUAUUCCAGUUUAUCAAAGAGUUUAUCCAGAAUGUCAUCCUUUACUCGGACUGCAAUACUACACUUGUGGAAAACUUGAAUGGUGGCUUGGUGAGACUGAGGAAGCGUACAGGUCACUAGCCAAGACAGCAGAGGUACUGCGAAUUACUCAUGGAACAAACACCACUUUCAUGAAGGAGCUUUUUGUGAAGUUAGAAGAAGCUCGUGCGGAGUUCUCUUACAAGAUUUCAUCCAAGGAAGAAUGAUUAUUGAACUGCAUCCACAGAUGCAUAAACUCUUAAAGAAGACAAUUCUGCAACAAAGGGUGGGGAUGCAGAAAGCCUUGUAGAACGACAUAUACAAAAUUCUGCUAUACCAGUUCAGCAAAGGACGGACCUUCUUUCCUGAUUAUUACAACGGAUUUCUUGCUAGAUACCUCCUUUAGCUGGGAAUUGAACUAUUAUUGUAAGGGGAAAUAGGCUAUCUUGCAGUUUCUUCUAUUAUAAGAUGCACUUGAGUAUUGAUACAAGGGGUAUAAGGUACGUUUCUCCUUAUGUAGAGUAGUAAUUCAUUUAUAUUUUUUUUAG